GCCGCUUGGGACCCCUCCUUGGGGCCUCCGCAUGGGGUUGAUGGGCCGCGGGCUCCGCUGCCGGGGCCGGUCGCUGUGUCUGAAGCGUCCGAGACGCGAAAUACCAUUUCCACGAAAAUCAUUUAUGGUGCAUUUCAGACCUUCUUACCUGAUCCUUGAAGCAAUUUGUGAGCUCUAGCGACACGUUACCCUUGUUCAGGAAGCUGAAGGCUUCAGCAGCCCUGACCUGGGGAGGACUUAAUGGCCCUGGGUGAGGAAAAGGCAGAGGUGGAAGCACCCUCGGACACAAAGGCCCAGCUCUAUGGGAGGUGGAGCUGCAGGGAGCAGGACGUGGCCACCCUGGGGCCGGCAAGCGGGGAGCAGCCGGCAGGCCUGGAAGCUGAGGGAGGGCCCGCCUCCCCUAUGUGGGGGGCAGAGGGGCUGCCGGCCCUGGCCUGCUCAGUGGGGGCUGCCCCUGGCUGCCCCUCUGGAGCCCUCCAGCCUCAGGCUAGCAGCACGAGCAGAGAGUCGGUAGCUGGUGGGUCUAAGCCUGCUCUUGGCUGCCUGUGUCCUCCUGCCAGCACGAGCACUGGAGACAUCUUGCAGUCUGUGGGAAGCCAGUUGGAGGAGACCAAGCUUUCUGCCUCAGAGGAGCUACCUCAAACCCUUACCGUUCCCAGAACUACAGCCCUUUGCUCAGGACACGAUGCUGACACUGAAGAUGACCCGUCCCCAGUGGAGUCACCCCAGGUGCUGGACAGCAGCCAACAGCCUCAUGUCUCAGGUUUCCCUUUCUCGUCAAGGUGGAUGUCCAGGGUGAGCCCAGGUACCCCUGCUCUUCCUCAGCUUUCCAGCCACAGCAUCUCUGCCUCAUCCCCGGUCAGCAGUGUCCAGAGUUGCCAAGACAAUGUGGAGCCUCAGAGUUGCUCCCCAGCCAGGGUCUCCUCCUCUCUGGACCUGGUCGUCCCCCAGUUGCCCCCGGCUGUGGUGGGGCCAGGGCCUCAGGUCCGCUGGUCACCUCAGCCUGUGUCCUCUGAAGGUGGAGCUGCUGGGCCGGGCAGGAGACGCCUCUCCUUCCAGGCCGAGUACUGGGCCUGCGUGCUGCCGGAUUCCCUGCCUCCUUCCCCUGACCGCCGCUCCCCUCUCUGGAACCCAAAUAAAGAGUACGAAGACCUGCUUGACUAUACUUAUCCCCUGAGGCCUGGUCCUCCACUCCCAAAGCACCUUGACAGCCACAUGCUGACUGAGUCUGUGCUGCAGGACUCUGGUGUAGACCUGGAUAGCUUCUCCGUCUCCCCAGCAAGUACCCUGAAGUCACCCACUAAUGUUGCCCGCAGUUGCCCACCAGCAGAGGCCACUGCCGUGCUGUUCUCUGGGGCCACAGAGCCAGGCCUUCAGCGCUGGCCCCCUGGAGUGCCCCAGAAGCAGGGCAGCGUGGGCUUGCCAUCUUGUAGCCAGCUCACAUCUACCCCCAGAGCCUCAGGGAGUAGGGCUGCUCCUUGGCAGAGCAGAGAGCCAGCCCUGAGGGGCCCAAAGGUCUGGCUCCCCACGGGCACGCACCUCGAGGGGAGCUCUCCCACGCUGAGGACACAGGGCGGAGGGUGGCCCUCGUCCAAGCCAGAGAGGGAGAAGGGGGCCGGCCAGAGUGUCCCACGCCCCACCUACAUGGCGUCUGGAUGGGAAGCAGAAGAGGAGGUGGAGAGCGAAGAUGAGUAUCUUGCCCUGCCUGCUCGGCUGACACAGGUUUCUAGUUUGGUUUCAUAUCUAGGUUCCGUUCCCACCUUGAUGCCCGUGCCCAACGGGACCGCCAAAGGACAGAGCUCCCUGGAAGUCUCGGACAGUGAUGGGCUAGCUUCCCUCCCAUCAGACUCUAGCCCAAGCCAGCUUCCCUCUGUGACUGUGCUUCCAGAGUCCCGGGGCUCUGGGAGCCAGAACCACUGCUUCCUGCACUCCUUGAUCCGAGCCCGAGACUCUGCAGGGGAAGGCAGUCUGGCGAGCAGCCAGGCCCUGGGGGUGCCCUCUGGACCACUGAGAGCGCGCCUCUCCUGCCAGACCAUGCUGGACCAGCGGGCGUUCGCAGACCCGGGUGCUGACGGGCAGCCUCCCAGGAGAGAAGGAGAGCAGAGAAAAUCGCUUGUGCAGUGUGUGAAGACAUUUUGCUGUCAGCUGGAAGAGCUGAUCCACUGGCUGUAUAACGUAGCAGACGUGACAGACCACUUGAUUCCACCCAAGUCCAAUCUUACAGGCCUCAAGUCUUCUCUGCAGCUUUACCGGCAAAUUAAGAAAGAUAUAGAUGAACACCAGCUCCUGACAGAGAGCGUCUUACAGACCGGGGAGAGUCUUCUACAGUGCCUGUUGGACAAUACCCCAGUUUUAAAGGAUGUCCUGGGGAGGAUCGCGGCGCAGUCCGGUGAGUUGGAGAGCCAUGCGGACCAUGUGUAUGACUCUAUCUUAGCCUCUCUGGACAUGCUGGCUGGCUGCACCCUCACCCCGGGCAAUAAGCCAGUGACAGCAAAGGAGCGCCAGUGUGAAGGGGUCUAACCAGGCAUCUUCUCAGGCAGAGAUGUAAUCUGUCGGCCAAAACCUGGCUGGUGGGAGAAACAAGCUUUCAGGAAGUCUUUGCAAAAACCAUUUAAAACUGAAGUCA